AUGAGUUAUCUGGAGAUAUAUAACGAAAGGGUGAGGGAUCUCCUGAAGCCGUCGACGAGUGCGAGCGGACUCCGAGUUCGAGAACAUCCUCGACUAGGGCCUUACGUUCAAGGAUUGACGCGCCACGUGGUCCGCACCCUGGGAUCGUUGAUGUCUUACGUGGAGGAGGGCACAAAGGCCAGGAAGACCGCGUCGACUCUUCAGAACCCCAGCAGCAGUCGCAGUCACGCUUUGCUCACCCUCGAUCUCUCCCAGGAGACGAGCGAGGCCGAGCGUCCUGGUGGUGGUGACACCACUUCGUCCUCCAGGAAGCAAGACACAAAUCCCCGCAACGGUGGCAGCAGCAGCAGGUUGCACCUGGUCGACCUGGCAGGCAGCGAGAGCGCGGCCACCUGCGGCGGCGUUCAUCGACUGAAGGAAGGCGCGAACAUCAACAAGAGCCUGGUGGCUCUAGGGAACGUGAUAUCCGCGCUCGUCGAGAGAGGCUCGACCGGAAGUGGGCCAGGCAAAAGAUACAUCCCUUACAGGGAUUCCUCGCUCACUUGGCUGCUGAAGGAUGCACUCGGCGGAAAUGCCACCACCAUUAUGCUCGCCACGAUAUCUCCGGCCAGCGGAAGUUACAACGAGACCGCGCACACCCUGCGAUUCGCGCAAAGGGCGCAGAGCGUGGUCAACCGACCGGUGGUCAACGAGGAUCCCGUGGCGAGACUCAUCCGCGACCUUAGGGCUGAGGUCGCCAGACUGAAAUCCUUAUUGUCGGAGAAGGACAUCGAGACAAAAGUGCCCUGUUGCUGCGGCAAGGCACAAGCUUCAAAGGAUUCGUCGACGGGUCCUGAAGACCACGAAGCGCAGGAAUCUCUCGGUACCAAGGAGUCCGAUCGCAAGGACGAGUCUGAGCGAUCUAAGAGCGAUCCUAGAUCCUUCGAGGUGUUUCCGAUCAGAAGAUUCAACUCCAGUGACAGCGUGACGACUUGCGAGACCGGCUCUUCGGGGUCCAUCAGAAAGUUCAACUCGUACGAGCACCUGCAAUCACCUGAUCGCUUCGCUGGCAGUUACAAUCGGGCGAAAGUCACCGAGAUCAACGACGAGGAAGACGAAGUCGUGGACGAGAUCAACGAGCCGGUCUUCGUCGACAUACCUACACUGGUGGCCGUGCUGAUCAAGCCGGACGACAGCCUGCACGAGUCCUCGGCGCGGAUCGAGGAGAUCUGCUCGGACGAGGUGCAGGACGACGCCGAUUUCAUCGAGGCCGGCAACGAGUACGAAGAACCGACGAGAAAGCUGGACGACGACGAUCGCAGCAACUCGACGAAUUCCUGCAACGUCCCGGACGAUCAAGAGAUCAACGAGAUUCAUCAGAUUUCUUCAGAAUGUUCUCCAGCAAAGGCAAAGUCUGUUGAGAGAGGCAAGUCGAGAGGUAAACUCAGCAAGCAGAGUUCCAUCGAUCUAUUGUCCAACUUGAAUGUAUCGCGGAAAUUUGGCUCCAUCGAGGGCAUCAGCAGGAGCAAGGAGCCAACUCUCGCUCUUCAACGAUCGCACACGAACCUGGAGAAACGGCCGGCGCUGCUCGAGCGCGGGAAGAAGCUCAACAACAUCCGCGAGAUCGACGAUCGCAAGGCGAGCGGCAAGUCUGGAGUCUGGAGGGCGAUCGGCAAUGUCGGCAGCAAGGACCACCUGCAGAGGAAGAGCAGCAACGAGUCCGACAAGAGCCUAAAGGAGUCCAACAGCAGCAGGGCAGCCGGCUACGCUCACAGCAUCGGCAGGAAGCCGAGCUUGGAGAGUCUGAAGAGGAAAACCAGCAAGGACAGCAGCUCGAGCAGCUCCAAGGAGGAGCAGAUCCUCAUUUCAAGCUUGACGCGCGACAAGUUGCUGCGCCGAAAGAACUCCUUGGACCACGAAGUGGCGGCUGCGGGUGGCGCGAGACAUCACACGGCCAUUCAGCGAGUGAAACGUGCCGAGAUCGUCGCGGCCGUCACCGAGAGGCUCUACUCCAGCAGGAAGCACACGGAGGAGAGCAACAUGGCGAGCAACAGCGCGUCGGGGACGCGUUCGCCACCGGAGGGUACCGACGUGAAGGUUACGACCGGCAGCAGCAGCAUCAGCAGUCUCACGGCGCGGUCGAGGCUGCAGGAGAUCUCUCGGAAGAUGCUGCUGAAGAGACGACGGAUCAACGUGGAGACGCAGACGGAGGCGGCGUCGACGUUGCGUUUUAGGGACGCGGCGAGCCUCACGGAAGAGCCCAAGGUGGUCCUUCAGGACGCGGCGAUGCUCACGGAUGAUCAUGCAGACUAUGUGAUGCAAGAUUCAAUUAUUGCCAAUGUCACGGAUCAUCGGCUGUCCGUCCUCAGGGUGAAGGACGCGGCCACGUUGACGGAUCGACGGCCGCGGGCGGACAUCUUCCGCUGCAAAGAUGCUGAGAGCCUGACGACCGAUCUUGACUUUGAGGAAUACGAGUCGCACUCGCCGCGAAAUGAUUCCGGGGUGCUCUCCGACGACACGCAAAACUACGCCGAGAGCAAUCCGUCCGAGGUGUCCGAGCACUUCUCCGGCCAUCCGGAGGGUGAUCGAAGGGUGUUGUGCACGGACAGCUCGACCAACACGUUCCUGACGUCGCCCGCGAGGAAUUCAGCGGUGCAAACGAGGCGUCCGGAAGUGAAGAUCGAUCAGUCGAAGGCGAGUUCGGAGAGUAGAAGCUGCGGUCACUGCUGCAGCUUGAUGCACGAGGCUGGCCAGCGUGCAUCGGCGAGCAGUCCCGAGAGAAACGUCAUCUCCAUAUCCCUGCCGGAUAUGAUCAGCAUCACUAUCGAGAGCACGAACGGAUUGGAGUCGAAGAUCGCGGUGGUGGAUGGCACCGAGGUCGCGGAAGAGAAGCCAAAGCUCUUCAACGACAAGGAAUCUCAGACGGACGAGUACGUCAGAGGCGAUGCUGAGAAAUCCUCUUUAACGGACCUCACGCUCAAAUCAACGGCUACUCAGGCGGACGGCAGAGUCUUCAGGAUCGAGAACAUCUUCGAGGAUCCGAAGAGCAAGAGCUGCCACGAAGCGACGGCUGAUCUGAGGCGGGAGGCUGCGACGAAAAAAUCGGUGACGUUCAGAAACUCCCUGGGAACUUCCUCGGUCGUCGGGACCAAGGAAACCGGAACGGAGACCGAAUGGGAAAGGCUGCACGAGGAUGCUUGUCACAGGAAACGGGCGAUUCUGAAAGACGGCUUGGCGCGGGCCUUUAUCGCCAGGAGACGCAGUCACAGCUCGAGUCCUAGAAGACCAACGCACAGACUCGUCCGUCGUGAUCUAUGGAAGAACUGGACCCUUCCAGGAAGAUCGUCGGGAUUUAUCGAUUACGGCAGAGAGACGAGAACUGUGCUCUCUUCCGGCCAACGGAACACUAACUUAGGAAUAAUUAAUAAUUUAUCUUCUAGGGAGAGCAACGAAUGUAUGUCCGUUGAUAAAAUUCCAAAAGAGCCGUCUCGCGAAUUGUUAAGUGGAACUUCCAGGAGCGACUUGAAGAAAACGAAAGUGGCUUCGACGAACAGCUUGGUGGAGUAUAAUUUUUCGGACGACAGCCUCGACGAUCACGAGGACAAUGUCGCGAGGAAAUUAACCGACGCGGAAACGACGAACUCACUUGAGAACCACGAGAACCUUUGUCCACCGGAUGUAGUCGCGCACACGAAGAGAGAAGCCUCGAAAUCGGCGAAUCACGUGGAUCUGGCCAACGUCGAGUCUUUGAUGGACGAUGAUUUCGAUGAUACUGAGGUGGAGUUCCCGAGGAGAAAAUCUACCGAAGUAUCGAGCGUGGAUCCAAUGCAGGAUUACAAGGCGCUGAUCUUGGGAUUGUCUUCGAACAUCGCAGACAGCGACUCCGAAGAAGAACUAAAUGCGAUUACGACGCCUGACAGCAAGAAGAAGGUCUCCUUCUCAGACCCCAGCAGUCCCGAAGAAAUAACUGACGUCAUGAUCAACCGCACGAUCCUGGCGCCGAAGCACGAUUCGGAGACAGCUUUAAAGUCCAUCAUCAAGAAGAUGAUGAAGCCGGUAGUGAGCGAAAGCUUGGACAUUCUCCAACCGAACCGAAUCGAGAUCAACCAGUCCUUGCAGCGAAAAAAGGUAGACUCAACAAAGAGCGAAGAAAUAUCAUCUACCAAGAAAGAUAAUAAAAAUUCUGAGGAUUCGAAAAAGCCAUUUGACAACAAAAAGGUGGAAUUUCCCAAUAAAGAUCGUUCGGAAGAAUCUUACGGCAAGACAAGUGGCAACAUCAGCGGGACCACCUGUUCUCGCCCAAUGCCGAAGAGGAACAUCUUCGAGGAGUAUCUGAACGAAGCGACGACCUUCAUGCGCAACAUGAACUCUAUCAACGAGUACAUGAGUGCCACGAGCGUGUUGGAGAGCUACGGGAAGCAUCGCAGGAAACGAGGAGCUCAUCGAGGGAACAAUCUUAGCGCGAAUAAAAAUCUCACGGAAAUUCGAGAGCGGAGGGUGAGCCCAGGAGAUGACGCUGAUGCGCAGUCGGAGCAGAAGGGAACCGCCGUCGAGUCCUACGAGAAAUGCCUGAAGAGCAUCAAGAGGCUGGAGGCGUGCAUCGACAAGGUUGGCAGGCACAAUCAGGUUCUCCGGGAUAGAUACGGUAUCGACGUCGAAUCUGCUGGCGCUAAAUCGGGUUUAGCGUGUUCCAGCCUAGAUUCCAGGAUGCCCGUCGUAAUGGACAACAGCGUGAUUCGCCGAUACGGCGACGCGAUUGCCGGAAACGACGUUGAGGGUCGAGGCGACGAGCUGAGACUCUCCAGGAUCUCCUCGCCCUCUUCGUCGUCCACUCAAGCCGAGGACACGUGGCGAUUCACGUUAAAUGAAAUGAACGGGUAUAAGAUGGCUUCCAAAAUUGAUGAACGUGAUGAUGGCAGCAAUGACGUCACGCCCGAAGACGAUCUCGAGCGCAGGAUCUUCGAUCAGCUGAUGUGCGCAGCUGAUUCCAGCUGCGAACACUGGAGCCAGAGGUUCAGUAAACCUCGACAGAGACGCUUCUGGAAAAGCGACUUCAGGUCGCGAAGCCCGACGACUUACUCCAAGUUCCGGGAGACUUUCCGGCGGGACGGCCGCGGAAUCCUUAAUUCCGACGAAGUUUCCGUCGCGGGAGAUUAUCCCGGCGACACCCGCGGAAUCGAGAGCAGCCCCUGGAGUUUACGGAGGGCGAGGUCGACGAAAGAAACCGGGAACGCCGACUCGAGGAUCUCGUCGAUCGAUCCCGCGCAAUUCCGCGAUCAACUAUUGCGGGAAACUGAUGAUCCAUUGGAGAUCAGGGUGCCGAUGGAGUACCACUGUCUAGCAGAUCCCGUGGAGUCGAUCGGGACAGAUCAGACUUCCUGUGCGGAAGAGGAGAUCGUGCGGAGAGACACGCAAGAAUCAAAAGACAGCUUGAGGAUCGAGUCGAGCUUGAAUCUCAGAUUCGGAGGACCCCUGAAUAUUGGAUUGAAAUAUCCUGGUAGUCCAAGGGCGAAAUUUUUGGAACUUCUAAGGGAGAGGAGGCGAAUCGUGGAGAACAGCAGAGGUACAAAUGCGUUCUGAGAGAAUGCUAGGGUGCUCGUAAAGCGCGUAAUUACGCCACGUAAAUUGUAAAUCUAUUUUUCAUGCGUAUUUUGUAUUUCGAUAAUUAAGGAGAGAAAAUUAUAAUAUAAUCGAUUUAAGGAUUGUAGAUGUUAAAUAUGAAGAGAUACUUGUAAAUAAUGGCGUUGUAAUAAUGUUCGUUUAAUGUUCUCUUAAACUCGUGGGAGAGCUUUUUGAUUUAACAAACUAAUUGUUGAAGCUGUACUUUUAGUUCAUAGUUGCGUUAAUGAUCAAAUAAUUAUGUGCGAAGUGUUAAUAAACUGUUGGCCGUAAAAAUAUGCGUUAAAUAUGUGUUUAAUUUAAUUGAGCAUCGUUGAAUUUUACGCGCGAGCUUUCACGUGUGAUAUUUAAUGUUUGCUUAAAUCUUUGGUAUUAUUAUACCAACGUUCAAUGUUGAAUAUUAAAUUUUGCGAAUUUUCCGAAUGCCAGGAAUUUUUAUUCAAACGUCAUUAACAUUUUUCACAUAUUACGAUCAUAUAAUUGUACUAACGCGAUAUUGUACAAUAUAAUAAAUAAUGUUCUGGUCAUUUUUUCAAACGAGCACUAUUGUCCAAUAUAAAUUUUUAUACUUCUGCCAUAAAAAUGAAUAUAAUAUUUCUAUAUCAUUAGUAAACUAAACAUUUAAUUUGUAAAAAGUAUAACGUGCCCUUAAAAAUUCUAUGAGUCGUGUGCUAUUCGUUGCAUCAAAAUGAAAAGGAAUUCAGAAUGAAAAAAUAACGGAUAGCGAAAUUAAAGAACCAUUUUCGAUCUAAUCGUAAGAAAUAAGUUAACCAUAAGUCCAUUUAAGACGCGAGCAUCGUGCGAAUCUUCAUGUUCAAAAAUGUACAAUACUAUGAAUUAUAUACUGUAUCAUUAAGAUGAGCUAAAGAAGUAAUUGCUGUAUCACUCGCGAUCGUCAUUAAUAAAGCCGUUUAAUAAAGACUAUUUUAUGAAAUAA